AUGAUGGUGCACUGUGCCGGCUGCGAGCGGCCCAUCCUCGACCGCUUUCUGCUGAACGUGCUGGACCGCGCGUGGCACAUCAAAUGCGUUCAGUGCUGCGAGUGUAAGACCAACCUCUCGGAGAAGUGCUUCUCGCGCGAGGGCAAGCUCUACUGCAAAAAUGACUUCUUCAGGCGCUUCGGCACGAAGUGUGCGGGCUGUGCGCAAGGCAUCUCGCCCAGCGACCUGGUGCGCAAGGCCCGCAGUAAAGUCUUCCACCUCAACUGCUUCACCUGCAUGGUGUGCAACAAGCAGCUGUCCACAGGCGAGGAGCUCUACGUCAUCGACGAGAACAAGUUCGUGUGCAAGGACGACUACCUGAGCUCCUCCAGCCUCAAGGAGGGCAGCCUCAACUCAGUGUCAUCCUGUACGGACCGCAGUUUGUCCCCGGACCUCCAGGACCCGCUCCAGGACGAUCCCAAGGAGACGGACAACUCGACGUCGUCGGACAAGGAGACAGCCAACAACGAGAAUGAGGAGCAGAACUCGGGCACGAAGCGGCGCGGCCCGCGCACCACCAUCAAAGCCAAGCAGCUGGAGACGCUCAAGGCCGCCUUUGCCGCCACGCCCAAGCCCACGCGCCACAUCCGCGAACAGUUGGCACAGGAGACCGGCCUCAACAUGCGCGUCAUCCAGGUGUGGUUCCAGAACCGGAGGUCCAAAGAACGCAGGAUGAAACAGCUGAGCGCACUGGGCGCCCGGAGACACGCCUUCUUCCGGAGUCCGCGGCGCAUGCGUCCGUUGGGCGGCCGCUUGGACGAGUCUGAGAUGUUGGGGUCCACUCCGUACACCUACUACGGAGACUACCAAGGCGACUACUACGCGCCCGGAGGCAACUAUGACUUCUUCGCGCACGGCCCGCCGUCGCAGGCGCAGUCCCCGGCCGACUCGAGCUUCCUAGCCGCGUCGGGGCCCGGCUCGACGCCGCUGGGCGCGCUGGAGCCGCCGCUGGCCGGCCCGCACGCCGCCGACAACCCCAGGUUCACCGACAUGAUCUCGCACCCGGACACGCCGAGCCCCGAGCCGGGCCUGCCGGGCGCGCUGCACCCCCUGCCCGGCGAGGUGUUCAGCGGCGGGCCCAGCCCGCCCUUCCCCAUGAGCGGCGCCAGCGGCUACAGCGGACCCCUGUCGCACCCCAACCCCGAGCUCAACGAGGCCGCCGUGUGGUAA